GGACAUCUUUCCUCACAAACAUUACCCUGAAUAAUUUAUCACCUGUCAAAUUACCAGAAAAACAGGGUAACUUGGAAAUAAAGGUUUGUAAACUGAAAAUGGAUACGUAAAAAGUAGCGCAGAGCUGGGAGUAGAUCCUGGUCGUAAAGUCGGGGACUAGACAGCUCGCCUUGUUACACCUCAGCAGCAACAUCACGUGAUCCAUCCCGCCGAGAGCGCUGGUAGUGACGGCACGUGAGCGCGUGAGAGAGAGGGAGCGCUGCACGAACGAAGUGGCGCAGCAUGAAAUGUCGACAGGAGCACGGCACCCGUGGAUGCUCCUCUACAUCGCAUAGCACGUGCGUGCGUGCGUUCAUGCAUGCGUGAGUGUGUGGCUUGCGCGAGACGACUCCCCACCCCACCUACCCCACGUACCCCACCAUGCGCACGCACGCACGCACGCACGCUGUGUUUUGCAGUCGCAAGAUGACAAAGCGUCGCUCCGCGGCGUCAGGACAAAAGGAGAGAGAGAGAGAAAAAAAAACUUUCCGCGACGCGAGGCCGUGUGCGACACGUCAGCCGCAACACGACGCGUCACUUUUGCUGUGCAGCGGAGCCUGCGCUGUGCUCGGUCUGGCAGCAACAAGUUGCAUGACGACUGGCGGCGAGCGGUGAGCAGUGUGUGUUCAUGACGUGUUGUUGGUGCUUCCACUGUACUCCCCGAGCUCUCUCGACGAGAUUUGCCGAGAUUUACAGGGAUUUUCUGAGAUCUCCGAGAUCUCCUGAUGGUCUUUCUCCAGAGUGAGAUUUUUUUCUGGACUUCAUCAACUGACAGCCUCGAGACAUGCCGCGAAGAGUAGCAGGAACUGAGUGAAACUGGUUGAAACUGUCGAGUUUCAAAUUGUUGGAUGACGACGAUGACGAUGUUUGUCGCCCCGUACGUUCUACCUGUUCAACUUUCUACCUCCAUCUUCUCCUGUCUGAACUGGAAUCACUAAAUCCAGCUGUGCCUGCGUGCAAAACUCAAACCAGAAACAAAUGUUUUAUAACAUCUUAAACUCCGAAGAAGGUCGAGGUUAAUGAUUCAACUUUCCAAUUUGACUGAGAAGGGCGGAUGGGCUCGCACUCGUCUGUUGUAAAUUUAAACACAUCGCCAUCAGAAACCUGCGUCGCUUCUUUACCAGGAAUCAGCUACUGGAACUAUCGUCUGGCAAAGAUGGAGCAACAGGGAGGGCUGUCUACAGACUGACCAGAUGACUAGGCUUUGGCAGACAUUCACAAGCCAAGGUAAACUUUUCAUCUCCGCGAGAGCUCGUUAGCAGCGAGAUGACAAUUGACUGUCAUCGUGUGAUUUGGAGGUAGUCAGCAGUACAUUUACGAGGGCACAGUGUAUGUCAAGGAUUAUGAGUCUGAAAGAGGCUGAGGAGUAAUUGGAAUUAACCAUUCUAGAACACAUGGAGCAUCUUUCAUGGUGGAACUGUGGGUAGUUCUACUUUUUACCCCCCAACAGGUAAAUAAGUACGGAAAAAGUCUUUGGAGAGGAGGCUAUGAUAUUUUCAGUACUUCGAUGUGAAUGAUUUUUGUCUUAUUGAGCUACACAGAAAAAAAACCAAGAUUGACUCAUCCCCUUCUACAAUAAAUUAGAAAUGGCAUUCUACGACAGAUGGAUUGUGCCUCAUCUUAGUUUGAGGUGAGAAAACAAAUAUUAUACUCAUUCGUUUCAUCGUGUUCUGAUUUGAUUCAGCACGACAAGGUGUAGAUGUAACUUUUAACAUUUCAUCAACUUGUCACACAACCAACAAAACCAACAGUUGACAGAAACUUGCAUGAGCUGUAGUUCUGUCAAAACGUUUCUUCUAAACUACAGACAGUUGACAGCGAUACUUUAUCUCUGUAAAUACGACAUCGAUCAUAUUUUCCUCGUCAUCUUCUUUGUAAUUUCUUAAAACAUUCAAGACAGAUAACCCGAACACAGAAGCUCAGCUUCGCCGAAGAUGGACGAGCCCCGGGCUUUAAGAGACCAUUUCCAGAGGAUUUUGUGAUGUCACUGUGACACUUUAUCAAAGCCAGGAUCACAGAUGUUUCUUCCCUGCCAAGCUUCGGCUUCACCUCUUCUGACCAACUGUCCUAAGCGAAUCUUUGGAAACAAACAAAGUAUUUUGUUUGCUGUCGGAUUUUACGGCUAGAUUGCAAGUUUUACAUUUUCCUGAUGGCAUCCUCAUCAAAGAAUUGAAAUAUUGUUCUCUGAACUCGUGUCUGUCGGAAAAGAGAAACCACAUCCAUAUGUAUGAAACGAAGUGUUGUUAGACAAUGAAAUAUUACAGUCACUGGUUACGAUUUUUGGAUAAUCCAAUGUGUGGUUUUAUAUUCAGUCCGUGACAUCGCAUGUCCUCGCCAUUUUCACCUGACAGAAGGGGAGGAUAAAAAAUAUCCCCAAAACAAACAACAACAACCGGAAAUGGACGAGCGGAAAAACAGGAUGUGAAUGCGGGCCUGUGCCACCCGCUUUCUAUGUAACUACAGAAUCAUUUCCAGUCAGGGCUUUAUUUUUUUUUUCAUGAGAAAAAGCAUCUCUGUCAACGUUGCAUCCCUACGUCGUUUUCUGACUCAAGAACGUAUUGCAAGCCUCGUUUCCAUCUUCAAACCUACCUGCGCAGUUCUUGGUCACGUGGAAAUGCAAUUAGGAUGAAUUACAUCGUCUGCUUCACAGCGUGCACAGCAGAAGUGACUUCUUCCUAAUUUUAUUGAUAUGUAAUGAGACUUUUCCUAAGAAACAGAGAUUGACAUUUUCAUUUCCAGUCCAGGUUUUGUUCUGUCUUCGCUCGUCGAGCUUCAGGUAUCAACGAACCUGUUUUCUCUUCUUCUGGCGUAGGUCAGUGUGACACAGGUAUUCCGUCUGUCUUGUCAGACAUUUAAAAAACUGCGAUCCGUUUUAUGACGAGCUUUGCCCGUGGAUCUCGUCAGUUAAAAAAAACAAGCAAGAAGAACAAAAAUCUCCGAUCCGUUCGUGGUCUUAUCAGUGGCUGUUGCACAAGAUCGCGGUGGCUCAAUGUGACAGAGAUAUCACGACUGUCUCGUCAGACAUUGAAAAAGUUUCGAUCAGUUUCCAAGACAUCCUCAACGUUGGAAGAAAGCACUGAUCCAUCUUUUUCGUGGGUUUGCCAGGUUCAAGAUAAUAGAAAGACCUUACUGCCAGAAACGUGAGCCACAGGCUCAAGACAAUAGGUCCAGACCUUGCAUUAGAAACUUGAGUCAAGGAUUCAAGAUAACAAGAGAACAUGGUGACCUUACUUUAGAAAUGAAAGCGACAGGCUCGAGAUAAUAAGGAGACCUUAGGUUAGAAACUUGCAAAGCAGGCUCAGUAGGACAUGGAGACCUUCCAAACGAGGGCGACAGGAACUUGACAAUAAGAGGACAAAGAGAAGGGCUCAGUAUGACAAUAGGAGACUUUAGGUAGAAACCCUAGUAACAGGCUAAGUAGGGAACAUAGACAUCUCUGACCCUGAGAAACGCCUCACAAGGACCAGACAAGAAGCUCAAGACAACAAGGUGGAAAGCUGAUUUAAGAAACACAAACCAUUCUUUUCAAAAACAAGUGGAUGCUUCAAUCCCGACACCUUCAAGGAUCGAUGAAGUACGUGGACAGACUGAACAACAUCUUGUUAUGCUCUCCCUGCUUGCACCUCUCAGACUUUAUUUAUUUUUUUUUUUUUAGUCCUUCUGACUUCUUCGUCAUCCUUGUUUAACAUUGCUCAAAUAUCGCACUUCAUCUACAGACAUCCAGUCGCUUACUGAAGGCAAAAACAAGUUAAUCUUUUGCUUUAUCCAAUCCACGCUUCUGCUACGAGCCUGCCCGACAGCAGGGGAGAGAAAUGGCAGUGCCUAGUCCGGACAGAUAAAGUGCCAAAUUUGAAAUUCAUGCACCCAGCCAGACAGAUAUACCUCCGAUAUGAAGAUGGCCAUCGAUUUGCCUUUUGGCUAAGCAUUAGCGUUCUGGAAACACUUUGCGUUUGUCUACAGUAAUGACAAGCGGCCACCAAUCAUUCACAGGAGAGACUGAAGGACAACAACGGUAAGACAAACUUUUCCUUUUCAUGGGCGGUCACACUUCUUCAACAAAGCAUUGCUGUCAGAGGUCCGGGGACGAACUAUUUUUUGUCGCCUUUCUUUCACUCCAGUGAAAGGAAGAAAAGGACAAAGAACCUUUGGACAUGGUGGUUGCAAUUAAUAAAUUAAUCACUUAAUCAUUGGCAAUUAUUAUUAGGAGAGAAGACCGUCAAGAAAAUUCGAGCGUUCGAGAAACUUCAGGAAACUUCUUCGGAGGAAUAAGUGUUACUGGCAGGCGUUUGAUGUCAGCAACUUUUUUCUCUAACGUGUUUUUUUCCAGUUGUUUAUAUAUGUCCUCAUUUACAUUUAUGCCACGCUUGAAUGAAUUUACUGCUACACUCGCACCUUUACUUCGUUAUGGGUGAGAUGACCAUACUUAGACCUUUCUUAUGAAAGUAAUAAAAACAAAUAAAUACCAAAACAGCGGAUGAGAGCUGAUGACGAACAGAUGCCAGGCAACAAGACCAAGAUAUUUCUUGAAGGAUUCUGGGAUAUCGGGACAUGCUAAGGGGGACUUAACUUCCGUCGUCAAGAGGUUUUCAUCGCUGACGCCAGCUGUUGGGAAGUGUGAGGCAGGGGACAGGAUACCGCUGCGACAAUGAGGCCACCAAGACUGCUGCUGCAACAGCGUGGUCGUCUGCUGCCCUGCAUGGCUGUCGUCACCUUGUCUCAUCUUCUUCUCACGGCACCGAGAGGAUGCCUUGCAGAAACCGAGCACUACAGCAUGUCCGGGGAUGUCUGCCAUUCGUAUCUCCGCAACAAAGAGGCCAUAGAACUGAGGGGCUUUGGUGGAGCCAAAACCUUUGCCUCCGCAGAAGUGUGUGAUGUCACCGUGACCACAGCCUAUCAUGCACGGUGGAUGGUCCAUGUCCAGAGGGCUUUCAUCAUGGACUGCCGAGUCAAAGUCGCUGUUUAUGACACCACCAUCGGCGACAUCCGACUACAGCCAGUCUUGGAGAUCGGGUGUGCCAGUCGUGACCCCGGCAUCAUUCGCCUGAACACGUCGGUGGUCACCGUCCGUCUCCACCAUCGCAAUGCCUCCGACUACAACUUCAACAUCGUCCUGUCUGCUCGCAGCACAAGAACGGUGUGUCCGUGGUUCCUGUGUGCCAGCGGAGACUGUGUUCCUCAGUCACUGAUGUGUGACGGCACCGACAACUGUUUCGACUACAGCGACGAGGCCACCAACGGCACGGCUCAUUGCAGCGACUACUGGCCAUUCAAAGGAGAAAACUGGGGGGUGCUGGCCUCUGUACUGGGGGCGGGUGGGGUGCUGGGUGUCACGGCCUUCUGUUGCCGCCACCUGCGGAAACGUCGAGAUUCGUUUGAUGAGUUGUAUGACCUUAACGAGGGUCCUUAUGUCCACAAAUAUGCUUAUCGCUACGCCGUCAUCCGUCAGCCGCAGCGCUGCAACAAGAACAUCCACACCCGACACGACAGGGACAGCGACAGGGGGGCUGUAGGCUAGCUCCUUGUCCUGCCUUCCCAGGAAGAACCACAACCGGAUGCUGCCUUCUGAAUCCAGGAAGCUCGAAGACUUUUAAAUCUUCAAAGUUCAAAGACAAGGCGCUGUGCUAACGGUAGAGAGGACUAUGGCCUGAAAGGAAUCUUACAGGGCUGAGAGCUCGACAAAGGCUGUAAUGUGAGAAGUUGAUGUAUUAUCAGCCAAGAGUGAUGGUUCCCCAAAGAUUUGUGAUUCAGACGCCGACAACCACCUUCUCCCACAAAAAAAAAAAAAAAUGCAGACACCAUCGAAGAGCGACGGUUAAGAUGUGACUUGAAAAACUUGACAUAAGAAUACUUAUUAUUCCUUUUACAUCUACUUUUGACGAAAGAAUGCCGUUUCUUCCUCUUUUUAGUGGCUCGAUAAAGUCAGACCCAGACGAUGGGAGUUAGUAUUAGUAACAUCCCGUGUAGUAUUACAAUUGAUUCGAGAAUGAUUUUCAUACAGGAUACACAAAACAAUAAAAUUCUGUUGGAUGACAUUCAAGAAUUAUGACCAUGCGCUAUUGUUAUUGUUAUAUAGCUUAUUUCCAUACUCUAUUACUAAGCAAAAA